CACUCACUCGACACGCGGUUCGCCACGGCCAUUCCACGGCGGAUCCCCCACCCAACUUCUGCUGCGCGCAGCGCCGCGGCCCCCCUUUCCUAGCCCCGAUUCCACCGGCCGAGCCUUCCUCCACCACCAGCCGCGGCAUACCCGCGGACCCGCCUCGCGCUCGCGCGUGAACCCCCCCGAACUCCGCCAAAUUCCCCCAAACCCGGGCCGCAAGUCCUCGCCAAAUCGCCCCCAAAUCAACCGGAGCCGAGGCCGACACAAAGCCGCGCAAGCGCAACCCGCGGCGAUGGAGCUGGCGUCGACGGACCUCGCAGCGCUGGGCGCGGCGGACCUGGUGCGCGUCUCGGCGUCGAUCCCGCGCGCGGCUCCGCGCACCUUCGCGCUGCUCACCGCCUGCCUCGUCUUCCCGCUCUCCUUCGCCGUGCUGGCGCACUCCCUCUUCACCCACCCCAUCCUGCGCCGCAUCCAGGGCGCCACCCACAACGAGCUCGCGCAGUGGCUCAGGCUCUUCGCCUACCAGUUCCUCUACCUCAUCGUCCUCUUCACCUUCUCCCUCCUCUCCACCGCCGCCGCCGUCUUCACCGUCGCCUCGCUCUACGCCGCCAAGCCGGCCUCCAUCUCCGCCUCGCUCACCGCGCUGCCCCCCAUCCUGCCCCGCCUCCUCCGCACUUUCCUCUGGGUCUCCCUCCUCAUGCUUGCCUACCACCUCGUCUUCGCGCUCACCGUCCUCCUGCUCCUCAUCGUCUUCAUCCCCAACGCGUCCGAGUCCGCCGCGCCGCCCUCCCUCUCCUUCGUCCUCUUCCUCAUCGUCGUCGUCUUCGUCUUCCUCGGGAUCCACGUCUACAUCUCCGCGCUGUGGCACCUCGCCAGCGUCAUCUCCGUGCUCGAGCCGCUCUGCGGGCUCGCCGCCAUGGCCAAGAGCAAGCAGCUGCUCCAGGGCCGCACCGGCACUGCGGCCACGCUCGUCGUCUCCUACUUCGCGGUCUGCGGCGUCACCUCGUUGCUAUUCCGUGCUGCUGUCGUUAAGGGGCGCGCCGAGGAGGGGAGCUUUGGCCUGGCCUUGCCCGGUCGCCUGCUUGUCGGCGCCGUGCUGGUGUGCGUUCUUGUCUGUGUCAAUUUGCUGGGACUGCUCGUGCAGAGCGUCUUCUACUACGCCUGCAAGGCCUUCCACAACCAGCAGAUUGACCGGACUGCAUUGUAUGAGCACCUUGGAGGGUAUCUUGGGGAGUACGUGCCACUCAAGAGCAAUAUCCAGAUGGAGAACCUUUGAGAUUGGAGCAUAGGGCAAGGGUAAGCUGCUCACCUCAUUGCUUCAUACUAGCUGUUUCCUGUGGAUCUUUCUCAAAACAUGAGUAUGGUUUACAAGGAGCUAUCUGGUCUUGUUAUUUCUAGUACCCUGUAGUAGUUUAUAAUCUGUAUAAGUUAAAAUGCGCAGUAUGGAACCAAUCUAUAUGGAAUGGAACAGAGAUGCAUGAACAAGGUUGCCUUUAGUCUCACAAACUGUGUUCUUGUUUAUCGUUGCUUUCC